CUGAGCUGGACUUCCGGGUCUUUCACAAAGAGAAGAAACAACAACAAGUCGGCGGAAGAGAGCCGGGACCAGGAUUAAAACCAGGUUUAAAACCCGGCCCAGGUCUUCAGCGAACAGGUGCAUUUGCUCACAAAACAGGACGCGCCAUGAUGGAGGACAGCGGAGGGAGGAAGACCAGAGAGGACGAGGAGACGGUGAGCUCAGUCGUGACCGAGACGAGCACGCUGCCGUGGUCUGCAGACAGACAGACAGGUGGACGGACAGGUAAAGCUGACAGGAUGAGCGUGAGGUCAGGUGUGUUUCUUCCCGAGGCGUCGAGCUGCACAGAGAGCGAGAGAGAACUGAAGGCAGAGGUGGAGAGGAGGGGCGGCAGAGCAGGUUUAGACGAAGGAGCGGAGCUACGUGAGGAUAAAACUAGGGUACACCUGUUGGAGGAGGAGCCCCGAGAGAACCUCCUGCCAGAGAAAGCUGCUCAGGUGUUCAGGCCUGCAGUGACUGCCCUCCACUCCCCCUCCUCACUCAGAGAGUCUGGGCCGCUCUGGGAAAUGGAGUCCGAGAAGAGUCCCUUCCUGGGUCCCCGAGGAGUUCCCGAGAACUACAGUCAACAUUAUUACCUGCCCGAGGACCUGCGCUCCAAUAAACGAGGGCAGUGCUGUCUCAGUACGGAUGUCCUGAAGAUGGGCGUGUCUCUGAUGGCCUCGGCGUUCUUCUUCCCUUUACUCGUCUGGGGUGGUUUUGUGUUUCUGCCAUUUGACGCCCCGCUGCUGGAUGGUGCCCCCCUCCGGCUCGUCUACACGCUGCGCUGCUCUGUGUUCGCUGCCACCCCCAUCGUCCUUGGUUGGCUUGUUCUGGGCAUCUCACGGCUAAGGUCAGGUGUGCUUCGUCCUCUGUUUGAUGAUGAGAUAAAGGAGGCGGAGCUACAGGAAGUCACUGUCCACCAGCGCUUCAUCUCUGACUCUGCCUCGCUGUUCCUGAUUUACUUCCUGCAGCUGGUCGUUAUGGCGAUGUACCUUAGCCAGGAGCAGCUGAAGCUUGUGCCACUCCUGACCAUCCUCUUUGCUUUUGGAAGGUUGGCGUACUGGGUCGCGGCGGCAUUUGGCAGCAGCAUUCGUGGAUUUGGUUUUGGCAUCUCCUUCCUGCCAAGUGUCAUCAUGAUGGGAGCAAACUUCUACUUCAUCUUCACGAUGGAUGCGGCGAGUUCCAUUUUCAGUGAUCCCCAUGACGAGGCGCCGCCUCAACCUGCAGGCCGACAACGAUUCUGGGGAUAAGACACAAGCAGUGAUUGAUGAUUGUCAUUAUCGAUUGAAAAGUAAAAGCUGUCUUUAUUUUGAGGUUUAAAUGCUUUAAACUGACCAGGCGUAGCCCCGCCCAGCUGGUGUGCGCGGCGCUUGUUUUUUCCUUUAUUAAACUGCUUCCUGUUGAUCUUUUUUUUCUGUGUUUUAUUUUCUACAAUUGUUUU